GCUAUUGAGUUCUAAAUGUUCAGGGAGUUUUUUGUUUGUUUGGCAGGUCUAACGUUGUGCUUAUUCUGGAAUAUCAUAGCAGUUACAACUGCAUGGAUUAAAGGACAAGACGUCAAGAUCUGGUUUCUUGCGAUUAUAUACUUCAUCUCAGGUGUUCCUGGUGCAUACGUAUUAUGGUACAGGCCUCUUUAUCGUGCUAUGAGGACGGAAAGCGCAUUAAAUUUUGGAUGGUUUUUCCUCUUUUACUUGCUUCAUAUUGCUUUUGUCAUAUAUGCUGCUGUUGCUCCUCCAAUAUUUUUCAAGGGAAAAUCUUUAACAGGUAUCUUGCCAGCAGUGGAUCUUAUCAGUGACAAAGUUUUGGUUGGGAUCUUCUAUUUUGUUGGAUUUGGUUUGUUCUGCCUGGAGGCACUGAUUAGUGUUUGGGUCAUCCAGCAAGUGUACAUGUACUUCCGCGGGAGUGGAAAGGCAGCAGAGAUGCAGCGUGAAGCAGCACAAGUCGCCAUGAGAGCGGCGAUAUGAAUAUCAUCGUUGUCAGUGCUCUCUCGACCAAGUGUGUAUUUGAUCUGUGCUCUAGUUUGCUUGUUUCUUCUCGGUCAUUCAUGCAAGUCAUCAUACCAUUCAGGUUUUGGUUGCUCGAGUCAUAACAGUUUUCGUCGUUUAUUUUCAUUUGGGAAUCAUCUAGUGCGUGUAUAGCUCUUCUCCAAAGCCCUGUUCUUACUCAUCUUUGCUAUCUUCAGUUUUCCCUGUAAAUUUGUGGUGUGUUUGUUAACGAGUUAUGAUCCAUAUUUAUUUGUUGUUACAUGCAAUGCUGGUUAGAACAUAUCUAGAAUCAAAAUUUUAAUGCAGCAUUAGACUCUCA